CCGAGCGUCCAAACGCUGCGGACGCGAUUUUCGCUUCUCUUUUUGUCGUUUUGGUUACGCCUUUGAAAACUCGCGUAGCGCCGCAUAAAGCUUUGUUGUUGUCGAGUGUUUAGUGCCGCCAGCAAUAUGUUGUUUGCGAAUUAAUUUGCCCUCAGCCAGCCCUUCGAAAGCAGCAGGAACAACAAACGAGCAGGAAGUUGGGAAAUGUUUGCCAGCGGAUCUGAACCAGCCCAAGAAACAUAUGCCUGCAAUGGCAAUCCUUCCGUCGAAGACGAUUUCCCCGAAAGCAAAAACCUAAAUAACAAUAACCGCAUCAGAAAUAGAAGCCCCAGUUUUGGAGGAGGCGGAGAAGAAGGCGGUUCACCGCUGCAUGAAAUCGAUGAACAUUACGUCUGCGACAUUGCCAUGAUGCGAAUCGGCGGGGAGGAGGGCCUCCCGUUGACACACAAUGCGCCAGCGGGUGAAUCACCAACGCUGGCCAACGAUGAAAGUACAAACAAUGAGAAUGAGAACGAGGUGGAGAUCGAUCGCCAGGCGGAGGAGCAGGCGGUCAGCGAUCUGGUGCGAUCGAGUAGUGCAGGUGCCCUCUUGGAGGCAGACAGCAAAAAUGGAGGAAGCAUGCGAGUGGUCUUUGGCAUCCUGGUGCGACUGGUUCUUCCAUUGGCCAAUGGCGUGGCCAGAGGCAUCAAGGGCAUUCGCGAUGUGCGUGUGCUGAGGGUUCUCCAGAAUCUGGCCUCCAGUCGACAGGCCCUCACCAAUCUGGUGGCCUUUGCCGCCAAUACUAUCUCGCUGAAUCUGUCAUCAGUUCAGGUUUCUAAUCGCAUGGGGCCCCUACUCAAGCUCCUGAAGAUGCGCAAAUCGCAGGAUGGCCUUGGCCUUGAGAGUCUUCCCGACACCCUCAGUGCUCCCUCCACGCCUUGCACACCCUGUCCGACCAGCAAUCCGAUGCAGGGUCCGCCCAUUUACAGCGUUCGAUCGGAUGCGCCCAGCUGUUGCACCAUUAAUAUCCUGGCGGAACCUCCGCCGGGUCAGCCAAUCCGGGCAGAUAUUAUCCUAAUCCAUGGUUUGCAUGGAUCAUUGGUGAAUACGUGGAAACAGGGACUCUGGCAGAACGAUCGCCAGCCGGUGGAGUUUGAAAGACCACCGCGUCCGCCAGUGCGUCCGCCAAAGAGACCUCGCCACUCCCGGAGUGCUGCCAUCCAUCCGGCUCCCAGGGAGAAGAGGGCCAAGUUUGCUUCCCUCAACCGCUGUCUCGACACCCCGGAUGAUUCUCCAAUGCGACAGAGGACACGGCUGCAGCCAUCCGUGGCAAUGCAGGCACAGGACUUCCAGUUCAAUGCUUCCGAUAACGAUGAAAGCGACUAUGCUUACGUGUGCGGCGAGCCUGAAGACAUCCAGAUAUGCGAGGGCAUCGAGUACAGCUUCCCCACUUUCCGGCUAAGGAUGCAGGACAACAACCAGCUCCUGCAGGCUGAAUUGGAGUCUAUGCUCCAGUCCAAUGGUAAUGAGGAAGAGGAGAUCAUCGGGAAGAAUAGCCACCGGCGUGCCGGCUCACCAGCCACGCCCCGCAAAUCCGCCCGCAAGACCAAGCCCUCGCCCAAUGAUCCAAACUACUCAAAGUGCUGGCCCGGCGAUUGGCUGCCACUGGAUUGUCCUGGGGUGCGGGUUAUAGCCCUGAAUUACACCACUGAUCAGUAUCUUUGGCGACCGCUGUGGAAGAGUAAGGAGCCCCGCUCCAGCUUGAUCCAGCGUUCUCGGGAAAUGGCCGAGUUGCUCAUCCAACACCGUGUGGGCCAUGGUCAUCCCAUCAUCUACGUGGGCCACUCAAAGGGUGGCCUCUUUAUCAAACAACUGAUGGUGGAUGCCUGGGAAAGCGGUCGUCCUGCGAUGAGUCCGCUCUGGCGAUCCGCCCGCGGCUGCUUCUUUUACUCGGUUCCGCAUCGCGGUUCCCAUUUGGCCAGCAUCAAGGCGCCGCUGCUCUCGCGAUCCGUUGAGCUGCUAGAGAUUGAGAAAAACAACAAAUACCUGCUAGACCUACAUCGGAGAUUCGCGGGACUAUAUCAUCUGGGUCACCUAAAGAUCGAGGUGUUUAGCUUUGUGGAAACCGCUUUAACGCUCAUGUCAGUGCUGUACCUUCGCAUUGUGGGUGUGGACUCUGCAGAUCCUGGCUUUGGAGAUGUCUGCGGCAUUCGUCUCGAUCAUCGGGAGAUCUGCAAGCCCCGUGGACGGGAUUGUAUUUUGUACAAAGAACUGGUGAAAAUGAUUGAAAAGGUGUGCUGAGGAUUCGGUGAAACUGAAGUGCAUUAUAUGUGAAAUAUAUAGUGUAUUAGGACCUGAUCUAUUUGAAACCGAAUUGUGAAUAGAAUGGACAACUUAGAGGUGUCAUGAUAAUUACGCGUACCUAAAUGUAAUGCCCCAGCAUCCAACUAGGGCAUGCUUAAUGUUAAAGCGUCGCUUGUUGAUUUAAUAGUGCAUAGCAUAGAUGUUGUAUAAACUUUAGUUCGCCUAUCCUAGCUCAAGUUAGUUAUACACAUUUUGUUGCCUCUAGUUUAAGCUUAAAACGAGCAGAUAAGCAUAAUAAGACAUGCCAUCGGGCGUCAAUGAUAUUUUGCAAUUUUUGUGAUCGAUUGUGAUCAUUUUUGUAGCACUUUGUUGUGAUGAUCCCUUAAACACCCGUGAAUACGUUAUUGAUAUUGUACCAUACAUAAAUUUAAAGUUCGCUAGUACUAUGAAUAUCUUUACCUAUAAACCGAAAUCUUCACCGCUGUAAAAUGUUACCAACGAAGACAAAAUUGAUGCAUAUAUGAAUUUCCUGAAAUUUAUUCGAUCGAUGUUUUAUACCUAUUUAAUAAGAAUUGAUUUACUAAAACCAAUAAAAAAUGAUAUUUUAAGAA